AUGCCACGGCUAGCACUAACACCAGAAUUUCAAUUGACCGCACCGUUGGCGCUUGCUGCUGCGGCAGAAACUCGAGUCCCUGCCAACACCGGUCUGGCGGCAAAACUAGUUGUGCCUUGCCUGCGGCGGAGAUGUCCGGAGAGUAUCGUGCCUGACGACAUUGCCGCUGAAUUUGCGGCUCUUGGGGAGUUGAAAAGGACCGAAGACUCGGACAUUCAGUCUUCAGAGCCUAUCGGCGAAGUUGAAGCGCUGGAGGGAAAUGCUCUCGACUUGGAUCGGGGCGAAUAUCAUAACGAAAGAAUCAGAAAGAUGUCCAACUGA